AUGGCCAAACAAAAAAGGUCUAAGAACCAGGUUAGACGGGAGAAAGCCAAAUUAAGAAAAGUAGAGAAUACUGCAGAAGAUACUACUCAAAAACUAGACAAAGUACCGUCCGAUGAAAAGCACUCUGAAUCUGAAGAAAAUGCUCCACCAAAACAUAUCGAGAUAGAAAGCGAUCCAUUAUUCACCCAAUUUCAAGAUGUUUUUAAUAAGUUUCAAGGAGAGAACAAUAAUGUUGAACCAAUCUCAACGACUGAACGGGGACAACUCCUAAAUGAAAGUGAUGAGAACGAAAUAAAGGAUGAGUCUAACGAAUCUGACAGUGAUGAGGAGGAAGAGCCUCUUUCUAAACGACAAUUGAGGAGGAGAAAUAAGAUACCUUUGGCGACGUUGAAAUCAUCUAUCACGCGGCCACAGGUGGUGGAAUGGUAUGAUGUAGAUGCUCAUGAUCCGUAUAUGCUUGUGAAUAUCAAAUCACAACCUAACGUUGUUCAAGUCCCUGGGCACUGGUCUUCCAAAAGGGAGUACUUAUCGUCAAGAAGGGGAGUGGAAAAGCAACCUUUUCAACUUCCAAAGUUUAUACGAGACACGGGAAUCCAAGACAUGAGAAAUAAUGAUGAUCUGACUUUAAAGCAACAACAAAGAGAAAAGGUUCAACCGAAAAUGGGGAAAUUAGAUAUUGAUUAUCAAAAGUUGCACGAUGCAUUUUUCAAAUUUCAGUCGAAGCCAAGAUUAUUUGGAUAUGGUGACAUAUAUUUCGAAGGUAGAGAAACAACAGAUGAAUAUGCGGAUGAGAUUGCAAAAAUCAAGCCCGGGGUUGUGUCGAAAACUUUAAGACAUGCAUUGGGAAUGCAAGAUAAUGCUUUUUCUGUUCCUCCUCCUUGGCUUGAUAUAAUGAUCAAUAUUGGAAAGCCAUCUGCAUAUGCAAAUCUAUUAAUCCCUGGUUUAGACAUGGAAUAUUCAAAUGAUGGAUACAAACCUGUGAAUUUUGAAAAUGAACUCGACAUGUAUAAAGAUGAUGGUGAAAGAAAUUCUCACUGGGGAAAUCUUGAAGAUGCGGCUGAAUCAUCGACUGAAGGGGAUGAAAGCGACGAAGAGGCGGAGGAAAAUGAACAAAUACGAUACACUGACGAGGAAGAUAAUAUUGAAGAUGAUGAUUCUGGGCCCGAAAAGGUUGAGAUAACAGAAUUUGGUGGUAUUAAGACUAGAAGAAAGGAAAAUGUUGAACCUGAAUCCACCGAACCGAAGCAAUUGUAUACGGUUAUCAAGGAGAAUAAAAACAAUACAGGUACAGAAUUGUUAGGAACAGAAUUUGGUUACGAUAUACUGAAUAGUUCUAAGCAAGAUAAAGGAAAGAAUCAUAACAAUAAAGAAAAAUCUACCCAACCGGAUGAUAUGAUAUCUGAAAGUAAGAACUUCAAAUUCUGA